AAAUACAAAAUAACAAGUCGAAUCAAAUGGAGUUUUCUCUUAAACCUUCAACUCUAAAGAUGGUUCGGACAAGUUUUUGUAUAUUAGUAGUUUUGGCAAUAAGUAGUUUUCAAAUGAUGGAAUCUCGGGAUUUAAGCAGCAAGGGACAUGAGAAAAUUCAAUAUACGGCGUUAAAUUGUCGAAAACAUACCGCAGUUUUAACAGAAUUUGGAGCUGUGGGUGAUGGAAAAACAUCAAACACGAAAGCAUUUAAGGAAGCCAUAACCAAGCUUGCCCCUAAGGCGGCUGACGGUGGAGUCCAACUCAUUGUUCCACCGGGAAAAUGGCUUACCGGAAGUUUUAACCUCACAAGUCAUUUUACCUUAUUUAUUCAAAAAGGUGCAACUAUUCUUGCUUCUCAGGAUGAAUCUGAAUAUCCAGUGGUUGCACCUUUGCCAUCGUAUGGACAAGGAAGAGAUGCAGCAGGACCAACGUUUGCUAGUUUGAUCUCUGGCACAAACCUAACUGAUGUUGUUAUCACCGGUAACAAUGGAACGAUCAACGGGCAAGGGAAAUACUGGUGGGUGAAGUAUCGGAGUGGUGGAUUUAAGUCGAUCACGAGACCUUACACAAUCGAAAUCAUGUUCUCUCAAAACGUUCAGAUCUCGAAUAUCACGAUCAUCGAUUCGCCUGCAUGGAAUAUUCAUCCCGUGUAUUGCAGCAACGUCAUCGUUAAAGGCGUUACCAUUCUUGCUCCUAUCGAUUCUCCUAAUACCGAUGGAAUCAACCCUGAUUCAUGCACCAAUACAUUGAUAGAGGACUGUUACGUAGUCUCCGGCGACGACUGCAUCGCCGUCAAGAGCGGUUGGGAUCAGUUCGGUAUCAAAGUCGCAAUGCCAACUCAGCAACUCUCGAUCCGACGGCUCACAUGCAUCUCUCCCGACAGUGCCGGAAUAGCACUCGGAAGCGAGAUGUCCGGUGGGAUCAAAGACGUUAGAAUCGAAGACAUCACGUUGCUUCAGACACAAUCCGCGAUCAGAAUCAAAACCGCGGUUGGACGUGGAGGUUACGUUAAGGACAUCUUUGCUCGGAGGUUUACAAUGAAGACGAUGAAAUACGUUUUUUGGAUGAGUGGUGCUUAUAACCAACACCCUGUCUCGGGUUAUGAUCCCAAGGCUAUGCCCGAGAUCACGAACAUUAACUACCGUGACAUGACCGCUGAUAACGUUACGCAGCCCGCUAGGCUUGAUGGGCUCAAGAACGAUCCUUUCACCAAGAUAUGUAUGUCUAAUAUAAACAUUGCUUUGGCUGCUGAGCCUAAGAAGUUACUUUGGAACUGUACGGAUAUCUCCGGAGUUUCGAGCAAGGUGACGCCAAAGCCGUGUAGUUUGUUGCCGGAGAAAGGAGCUCCGGUGGACUGUGCUUUUCCGGUUGAUAAGAUUCCUAUCGAAUCUGUUGUCUUGAACAAAUGCUCUGCUUAGAGAUUGUUGCCGAGAAAAUUAUAUAUUAAUUUCAUCUAUCAUCAUAUAUAUAUACCUUUUUUACGAAAAAA